GCUAUGAAGUGGAUAAAGAUUGCCUGGGAGGAAGUAUCCACCAAAACGAUUAGGAGCUGUUGGUUACGCACCAAAACUAUAACUUCACGCGAUGAUAAUGGAGUACCUAUUAUCCCCCCUACUGUCAUUGAAGGCACCAAUGAUAUAGAAGAAAAUCCACCUGUUGAUCCAAAUGAUGAAUUAAUCAUCAAGGAGCUUCAGCAACAAAUAAAUAUGUUGCAAGUUCGUAAUCCAAUGCCAAUUGAAGACUUGCUAAACCCUGAAGAGGAAAGGGAAAUACACCAACAAUUUACCGAUGAAGACCUGAUCCAUGGUGCUACGGAAAUAGAAGAGGCCGAAGAUGAAUUUGUAAUGCUGCCCUUGACCGGAGAAGAACAAUUGAAUAUCUUGCGUGGUGCCUUGAGAAUUGUUGAUGAAAGGGUUGAUGAUGGUGGAGUAACACUGAAAUUCUUGCGCAAACUACAAAAUUGUAUCCGUGAGGAG